AUGACAUCUCCCGGAGAUGCAGCUCCGGUCAAACCACCGCCGUCCUUCUCCCCCGGCGCUGCGCGAGGUACCUCCAAAUCAAGAUACCCGGACGAGGCUGAGCCUACACAUUCCAUAGACGCUGAGCUGGCGGAGACCCGCUCGGCGUCCUCACCGACGCCUCCUGUGUCGGGGACCACUGCGGAGCUGCCCAUCCGGUCAUCAUCGCCGCACGCCCGGUCCAUCAGGUCGUCCACCCCACAAUUAGCUCGUUCGUCACUUGGCUCGCCAUUUGAUGGACGAUUUGAUGGCUCGGAAGAUAUCAGAUCGUUAAUAAUACGCGCCUUCUCCCCCACUGUUGCCAUUCAUGCGUCCGACGAUACCGACGAGCUUGUGAGGAAUAAGGGGUUCAAGGGGGGAUUCUGGGAAUUGGUACGGCCUUUUGGAGAUACCGUGUCUGGAAAAGUGGUUAUCCGGGAUAGUAUUGGAUCAAGUCGUGCCUGGGAGGACUAUGGAGUGCGUUUCGUGGAUUUGAACGGAUUUGGCCGGGCACCCGCAGGUCGAGAGUCCGGACAAGAAUCAUCUUUGACGCAGAUGGAUAAAAUCCUGGAGCAGCAGUUGGACUCGGUAGACGGGCUACUUGGCGGGUCUAUACCCUCAAAGGAUGCAUUAGGAGUUCCCAUGGCAAGCCCGUUGUGGAAGUUGUUACUGCGACAAAUAUUAUCCAGCACCUCUGCGGCACCCCACGAAACAUUCAGCCACCCUGUUGCCAGUGUCAUUGCUAUCAGCUCACGCAACCCAUCACCGUUGGAGACUCUCCGGCAGUUGUAUGGUGAGAGCAGUUCUGGGGACAAGCGGUUACCAGAUUGGGUGAACCCGGAGUAUCUUCGAUACUAUGUCUUGGUCCACGACGAGGAACGUGACGAUAUUACCGAGUCAACAAAACUAUAUGAUCAGAUGAAGCGACACUUCGGUUUACACUGCCACUUGUUGCGACUUCGCAGCAGUCAGUGCAUUGUGACCGAUGAUGAUAGUGUCCAGGUGCCUACGUGCGAAUGGUUGUCCCCACAGGAGCGUCUGUCAGGUGUGGGAGAAGCAGGCAAUAUCGCAGAAACACUGGUGGACCUCGGCACAGAUGGUACGCCGUACCUAUUUGACUCUGAUGUCACUGCCAUCCGGACGUUUAUCCGGGAGCUCAUGGUGCAGUCAGUAAUUCCUUUCAUGGAAAACCGUGUUGCUGUCUGGAAUGACCAGAUCGCAUCUCGGAGGCGUGGCAUCAGCGGCAGGUUCAUGUCCGUUGGUCGAAGAUUUAUGACUUUUGGUUCCGGUUCAAGAUCUGGGGCCACUGGUUCCUCAGGUGGAACUGGGAACUACGACUCUACAAACAAUUAUUAUGGCCCGGACACACAAGAAGCUAUUUUACGGAAGAUGGCAGAUUUUGCUUUUAUGCUUCGAGAUUGGAAGUUAUCGGCUUCGACAUAUGAAAUGAUCCAGUCAGACUUCAAAAAUGACAAGGCAUGGAAAUACCAUGCAGGGGUCCAUGAAAUGUGUGCAGUGAGCAUGCUCCUCAACCCACUUGCUAUGUCCGCCAAGAUUAAGCUUGAGAGUGUCGAUCAAAUGUUUGAAAACGCCUGCUAUUCUUAUCUUACCCGGUGUUCAGAUGUGCCACAUGCACUGCGUGCCCUAACUCUCGGUGUUGAGCUUCUCAAGUCUCGGGGUGGAUCUGCUACCGAAAGCGCAGCCAGAUGGGCCAUGCGGGUCAUGGACUUCGGCUUGGUCGGCCCCAUCGGCCAAAUAUUGUUCACAGAAAGGGUCUCAGCAUGUUAUGCAUCGAAGAUCUCCAUGGGUGGUGCUAAAUGGGGCGGGCGUCGGCGCAAAGCUGGUAUGUGGAGCAUUUUCGCUGCGAAUCAAUGGUUGAAAGCCGGGAAACCUACUCUGGCUUCUGCGUGCCUCGAAGAAGGAGAACGUCUCUAUGGUGAUGUGUUGGAGAUAGACGGUGUUUUCCCAAUCCCGGAGAUGCAGAGCUUUGUGGAUAAUCUGCGACAUGCUGUGAAAGUUGAAUAUCUCGGCGCAAGAGGCUUUGACACACAGGACGAUCCAGUUCCAGAUGAACCAAUUCCUACAGAGGAGACCAGUGAGAAGCUGGAGAAGCUUGACAAGCGCAACAAUCGGCGCUCACACAUUGGGCUGCCUGUGCAGCUGGACGUGGGGAAUCUCACCAUGACCUCAGGGGCCAGGGAUCCCGAGAACCCACCAAAUGAUGACUUUGAACGAGCUUGA